CCAAAGUCAUUCACAUGUUUCUCAGGUCCAAAAGAAAUUGAGUAGAGAGAGAGCAUAAGAAAAGAAGGGCCACUUGGAAGCAGAAAGAAAGGAAAUGGAACAGACAUUAGCCCCAGAAGCAAGCAAACCUUUUUUCCUUUCUUCUUUUUUUGGCCAAUCUGCUAGAACCCAUGUGCAAAAAGUAAAUGCUGUAACUUUCCUUCCAUAUCAGCAAUAAUUAAAGGGAAUCUCAGUACUUCUACUUAUAGUAUAAUCGGAGACGCACCCUGUUCAAAGCAUAUUGCAUUAGGGUUCCCGAGGAAAAUGGGUAUCACCGAAGAACUGGUCAGAAGUGUCUUCUCAAGAAGCCGGUCUGUUGGGACGCAUGAAAGCAAUCAGGCAAGAAGCCAUGCAGGUAAUAAGAGAAGGUGGACUGUAGUUAGAUCAUACCUUUGCGGAGAUGAGUUCAAUUCAGUACUUGCAGAGGAAGAUUCUGCUUCAGUUAAGAGCUCAGAAGCAACAGUUACACAGCCCGUGCUUGAUGAUUCGGCAAGUAAAGGAGACAUCCAAAGUGAAGUGACUAAAGAAGAUAAUAUCCCAAACCAAAAGCAUAAUUCAACGUCUGAAUUAUUUAAGCAAGAAGAUGCAGCAAUAGUUAUCCAGUCUGCGUUCAGAAAUUUUCUGGCUACACGUCAAAGUAAAGAAAUCAUAUUGGAGGAUGAUAAACAGGAGGCUGUCAUGGCAGUGGACAGUCCAAAUAGGGAUUCUGUAGGCACAUCAAUUGAAGUUCAGACCGGAAAUUCUACAGAAGUUCUGUCAGCUAAACAGGAACCGUUUUCUGUUCAUUUCCAAAUGCCAAAGAAAGCCAGAACUCAGAUUUUCAGGAUAAAGGAAGACUGGGAUGAUAGCACAGUGAGUAGCAAUAUAUCAAGAAUGAGGAUUCAGAACAGACUGGAAGCUACAAACAGGCGCGAGAGGGCACUGGCAUAUGCUUUUGCACAACAGCUAAGAAUAUGUUCAAGGAAAAAGCAGGCCAGAUCUGAUGGUACCGAACCCAACAUGGGUUGGAGCUGGCUAGAAAGGUGGAUGGCAACCCGACUUCCAGAAUGCUCUGUUGAAAGUCAUACAAGCAAGCAAUUUGAACCUAUAAAUAGCAGUCACAAACUUGCAGCUAGGAAGAGAAUUUUUGAUAUAGCAGGAGAAGAAAGGGAAAGCUGUGGAUCUAAUGAGGUCUCCGUCCAAUUUGAUAGCAUGUCAAUGACCACAGCCAGCGAAGAUGGCGGCGUGCAAACCAGAAGGAACUGGGCUAGGUCAACAAGAGCCAUAUCAAGGAGGAAAACAGUGCCAAGCUACCACUGUCAGAAAGAGAAUUGUAAGGUAAUCAAGAAAGAGUGUCAAAACGAGAUGAGCAACAUGAUAAGAUAACCAAGAAACAGAGAAGAAAUAAGUGCAAACAUACUGAUUUGCAACAGUUUAAGCUCCUUGUAUGAUUCUUUUUAAGUGAGACUGUAACUGUUCAAGGGUAAAUUCUCAAUUACUACUUGCAGAUGAAUAGUGUAUGGCUUCAAAAAAUGUUACAAUUUCCCCUGUAAAUGUAAGUUAAUAAGACUGUUUAUCAAAUUGAACCCAA